CACGGAUGUUGUUUUUUUGCCACUAGCCUGACAGUCCUGUAAGGUCCUUCUGAAUCUAUUUUUAUUUUUGGUUGUGAUUAUCUGUAAUAUGUUACCAGAUAUAAAAGGCACGUGUCCAUUUGUGGAAGACAGUUUUAGCCGUUUUCCCUCGCAGAGUAACAUGUACGGACUGUGCCAGGCAGGCGAGCAGGAGUUACUGGCAGCGACUCUCAAGGGGAAAGUAGUGUGCUUCAGAUAUCAGGACCUGCAGAAGAAAAUCAGACCUGUGGCUAGAGAGAUUCAGUUCACAUAUAUACCAGUUGAUGCAGAAAUCGUCUCCAUUGAUGCCUUCAACAAAUCAGCUCCUAAAAGAGGACUGGUCGUAGGAAUAACCUUCAUUAAGGACUCAGGAGAUAAAGCAACUCCUUUCCUUAACAUUUACUGUGAUUAUGAACCAGGGUCAGAAUUUAACCUAGAGUCUAUUGCACAAAGCUGUCUGAACCUGGAGCUCCAGUUCACCCCCUUCCAGCUUUAUCACACUGAGGUGCAUUGUGGAGAUGGAUCCUGUGAGACUGUGUUUCUCCUCAGUGGGCAUGAUCAGCGCAUACAUCUUUACAAAGAGAAUGCGUCUCUACACCAGUUUGAGGAACAACCAGUAGAAAGACUCUUUCCUGAACUGCAGGAGCUGCAAAGCAAUGUGUUAUGGUUAAAUGUUUUGAGCAUUGAUCAAAAUCGGCGCCUCACUGCGUUUGGGUGUCAGAACGGUUCUGUGGGACUUUCUCUUGUCAACCAAAAGGGACCUGAGAUUCUCCAAAACUGGCGUGUGCAGCAUGACAGUCCCAUCUCCACUGUGUUACUGUUCCCUUUGAAACAGCAGCACCAGAGCACUGACACUAACAGGAGUCAAAAGGAAACAUUUAAUCUGUUGGUGACCAGUGCAAUAGAAAUGGCUGUUGUUUACAGGGAUGUGGAGCAGUAUGGACUGAGCAGACAGCUGUGUUUGGCAGAAAGCGACCGGUGCGAUGCAGUGCUCUGUGCUCUUGUUGUUGAUCUGGACUUUGAUGGACAGCAUGAGUUGUUGCUGGGAACAUAUGGACAGGAUCUACUGUGCUACAAAUUUCACCAACCAACGGGAGCCUUUGAAGAUAGGUUACAGCUGCUGUGGAGACGGAGUUUUAAAAGUCCCCUGCUAUCACUCAUUUAUCUUGACCUGGAUGGUGACGGGCUAAGAGAGCUAGCCGUUCUUACUUUAAAAGGCCUGCAUGUCCUACAGCACAGUCUGAAAACAACAGCAGAUCUUGUUCUUCACAGAUUGUCCACUUUAGUAUCAAGAUUGCCCAUUUCUUCAAAAGACCAGUCAAUCAAAAGCCAAGAUUGUGAAGAGGAGUCCAUUUCAAUCAGCAAUGAACAGAGAACUGCAGAAACCUGACAUUGUCUAUUAAGUGACAGAUAUUUGUUUUUAUUUCAAAGGAAGGUAAAGUGUGUGAAGAGUUAAAUAUCUCAUUUUCUCUGUGUAAGAAUGCAUGCUAUAUUCCAUCUAACAGGCAUUUCAGCAAGCAUAACUUGUGCAGUGUUUUGCUGGGUGAGUGGUCGUAAUGGGUUUUAAUGACAGACCUAUUCUUCCUUGAAUUCUGUACCAGUGCGGUGACUAUAAAGUUGAUGCUGUUGUGUGAUGUAUACCCUGAAAUGAAAACGUCUCCUUGCUGGUGCCAUGUUUGAUUCCAGACUUAUUCAAUCUUAUAUCCUAGUGAUCACAAGCAAUUCUUGUUCAGAGCGCGACCUCAUUUCUGUGCCUAUUGGCUCUGGGUAACAAGUUGUUCAAUUAAAUAAAAUAAAAAAUAAAAAACAUAUCAUUUGCCCAGAACUUUGAAAGACCCUACGUACAAAUUUGACAAAACUAGUUGUCAUUUUCUUGUUGAUUAAUGUCCUAUUGAAAUAAGAAUUUUGUAUGGGACUGAAGGGCUUGACAUUAUAACCUGGCAAAACUUAUUUCUUACUUGUUAUUGCUAGUCAGUAGCAGGUAGUAUAUGGACAUUUUAUUUGUCAAGAAUUUGUAUACCCUUAUAAAUAAGACAAGUCAUCAUUAUUGCUGGUCCAUUUUUAAUCUACUGAAAGUUAAACGCUUGAUUUGGCUUCAUUCUCAAAGUUCUGUAGGCAAGUGGUGUUGUGGUUUUGUUGUAUUCCCAGGAGAGGGCGCCCUUAGUUAACGUUGCAUCGGUGUCACUGUGCAUUUCAGAGACCCUGAGAUCAGGCUGGACGUGACCCCUGUGUUUGUGCAGCCUGAGGCUUGGCCUGAAACUUCUGUCACGCUCGGCUCUCUGGGGUCUGCAGCUAGUUACUGUUGGACCCCCAGAAGAUUUAGACAAAGAUAUUUUGUCUUGUGCAUUAGUGAGCUGAGGGUGUGUGGAUUUUAAUAGUUUACUAGUCUUUUUUGAAUCUUAAGCUACAGAUUUGUGAUGAGUUUGGAAUCAAGCUGUUAAGCUCUGCAGCUAGAUACUCUUGCCCUCUUAAAGAGUAGCUGUGAGAAAAAUCAAUUUCAUCACAAGGUACUGCUCUCGUUACGCUCAUCCCAUUACCCUUUUUUCUUUUACCAUAACUGUAUAUUUUGUUAUAUAUUUUUGGUCCAGAAGGUCACAAGGCUGACAAGUAAUGACCAUGUAACUUGCAAGAAUAUAUAAAAGCAAAUUAUGUAUCCUGUACAGGGGCGCAACUGCACAUUUGUCAAGGGGUAUGCAAGAUCAGUGCCGGCGCCCCACUGUAUUUUAGUAGCCUCUAACACUAACUUGCGCAGAAGACUUUCUGCAAGUCAAUGACCAAAAGCCCAUUACUAGCAUGUGCAUGGAAGGACUCAUCAGGAGUGAAAAAAGUGACAAAGGUUUGAAUCCCCUUCCCUCUUUUUUAAUACCAUAGGGGAAAAGUAAAAACAAGAAAGAAAGAAAAGUAUGUCACAUAACAUCCACUUUAACUCCUGAUGGUAGUCUAACACGUAAUAUUGCUCACUUUUUAUAUAAUAUAAUUUAUUUGCCUAAAAGUUAUUCAUAUUCUUGCACAUUUUUAUAUAGUAAAAUUUAUUUUAAAGAACAUCUGCAUUUUUUUUUCUCUUUAAUUCAUGGAAAAUUUUCCAUGCUAAGUGGAAGAUUUCUGCCAAGAUUUCACCUGGUAGAAAAACAAAUACUAUUCAAAUGAAUGUUAUGAUUCCCACUGUGGCCACUAAAUGGCAGCAGAGGAUCAUUUAUUGUCUCCUUUACCAUUUCCACUCAGUAAUAUAGUUCUUUUCACGUUUUGCUAAUGGAUUUAUAUUUAGACAUAAAAUCACUAUUAUAACAUUUAAAAAUCUCUUUUUUGUCAAAGUUCAGCAUUGUUUUGUAUUUAAGUAUGAAGUAGCAAGAGUUUGAGAGGUACUGAGAGAUACUAUAAAGUACUGGACUGUUUUAGUGCCUAAAAAAACUGAAUACAAUUAAUUUGUACUUAAUGUAAUUCACAACUAUUUCAGUUACAAUUAAGUAAUACUGAGUGAAUGACAAUUUUUGUAUUACCUAGGCUCCAGGUAUUUUAAUAAAAGGGCUCACUAUAGCUUUAUUGCUCAGUAAACUUGGUUCUUGGUGACUCGCGCGCCGAGGGCAAGCUGAAGUGCGCGUCUGAAAAGUCUCCUGUUUGUUGUGAGCGAGAGAUAUGGCCGUGCCGCGUCUUAAGUUUUUAAUAAAUACAUUUUUGAACUCAUUAAAAUGCUAAAAAACUGUUGUAUAAAAAUGUUGCAUUAAUUAGUUUUAAUAACUAAGCUUUUUAUUAUUACGUUUUAUUACUAUAGAAGAUUUUCACAAUGAUUUUGGCAAAAUGGCGCCCCCCUGUGUUGCGUCCCUAUGCACUGCAGAUACUUCAUACCCCUUUUUUGCGCCACUGAUCCUGUAUGUAGUGAUACUAGAAAAUACCUAUUAAAUACCUGUAAUAUUGUGAAAUAUUACAAUUUACAAUAAUUUAAUUUAAAUAAUUUACUUGUAUUUUGAUAUUUUAAAAUGUGAUUUGCAUUUUAGUGCAGUUCAGCAAAGCUGAAUUUUCAGCAGCUAUUAGUGUUCAGUAUAACAUGUUUCAUAAAUUAUUCUAAUAUGCCGAUUUCCUGCUUAAUAUUUUUGUGAAAAUCUUUAUUUUUUUUAGAUUCUUUGAUGAAUGGCAAGUCAAAAAGAACAUUUAUUUCAAAUAGAAAUGUUCUGUAACAAAUUUUGUUAGUGUCACUUUUGAUCUAUUUAAUGCAUUCUUGCAUAAUAAAGAAUUAAUUUCAUUUUUUUUUUUUUAAAGUCUUACUGACGCCAAACGUUUGAACUUGUGUACAAAUGUACUACACUUCAAAAAUAAGCUUUACAGAACUUUACAGAUCAAAAAGUUAUAAUUUUGAAUGAACUGAAUUCAUGCAAGUGGUGUAACCAAAACUUUUAUAGCCUGGACUACCUUGUCUAGUGUACAGCCUUAC